UGGCAAACGGUUGAUUUUUUCUCGUGGCUCCGAAAACGCAAGGAAAAAAAAUAGAAGGCAACUGGAAAUCCAGAGUUGAAGUUGGGGACUCUUUUUUGGCCAAAAAUAAUAAAGGGGGCACCGCCGUUAACGCACACGCAACCGAAGCCAUAAAGGGGCUAAACAUAUAAAUUUGUGUAGUAAAAGUGAAGAAAGCGAAAGAAUCAAAGUGGAAUAAUAGCGAGUGUUUUUCGGUUUGCUAGUGUGUCUCUCUGUGUGUGUGUGAUUCCUAGUGUGUCUGUUGCUGUUGCUGUUGCCAAUGAAAAUGCAAAUUGUUGGUAACAAAUAUUGGUAAAAUGCGGAGGCCGUAGGAAUUUGUGCAAUGCGAGUGCGAAGUGAAGGAGCCCGAAACUAUGCAGCUAAAAAGCAGCCAUCAUACCCCGCAUCGAAUCAAUAAUAAUACAAUAACCCAAACGUAUUACACGGAUAAUGGCAGCAUAAACCAGUUAACAUCCGACAGUGUUUCCGCAUAACCAUCUCCCAUCCCUUCGAGAAAUCCCCAUGAUUGAUCAGCGGAGGAUUGUGGAGCAGUAACUAGCGAUACCAGGGAUACCAGGAUGUCGCAGCCGCGCGGAGGGCGUGGCGGUGGGCGGGGCGGCGGAGGGGGCCGCCAAACCCCCUCCUCGCUGACCGGUCCGCCGGAUGAGUCGGCCACGCCCAGCGAACGGGCUACGCCCGCCAGCAAAGCGGACUCCGAUCCCAAGGACGACAGCUCGAGCAAUGGCGACAAGAAGGACAUGGAUCUGUUUCCAGCCCCCAAGCCGCCGAGUGCCGGCGCCUCCAUUCGGGACACGGCGAACAAGGUGCUCGGAUUGGCCAUGAAAAGCGAGUGGACGCCCAUCGAGGCGGAGCUGAAGAAGCUGGAGAAGUAUGUGGCCAAUGUGGGCGAGGAUGGCAAUCACAUACCGCUGGCCGGCGUUCACGACAUGAAUACCGGCAUGACGCCGCUGAUGUACGCAACCAAGGACAAUAAGACGGCCAUAAUGGAUCGCAUGAUUGAGCUGGGCGCCGAUGUGGGAGCCCGCAAUAAUGAUAAUUAUAAUGUGCUACACAUUGCCGCAAUGUAUUCGCGUGAGGAUGUCGUCAAAUUGUUGCUAACAAAACGCGGCGUGGAUCCCUUCUCCACCGGUGGCUCGCGCUCCCAAACUGCGGUCCAUUUGGUGUCCAGUCGACAAACUGGAACUGCAACCAAUAUCCUGCGCGCUCUGCUCGCAGCUGCUGGCAAGGAUAUCCGCUUGAAAGCGGACGGCCGUGGCAAAAUACCAUUGCUCCUGGCCGUGGAGUCGGGCAACCAGUCGAUGUGCAGGGAGCUCCUGGCUGCCCAAACCGCAGAGCAACUCAAGGCAACGACGGCCAAUGGAGACACGGCCUUGCAUUUGGCUGCCAGACGGCGGGACGUGGACAUGGUCCGCAUCCUGGUCGACUACGGAACGAAUGUGGACACGCAGAAUGGGGAGGGCCAGACGCCGCUCCAUAUCGCGGCGGCCGAAGGCGAUGAGGCACUACUCAAGUACUUCUAUGGCGUGCGCGCCUCAGCGUCCAUUGCGGACAAUCAAGAUCGCACUCCGAUGCACUUGGCCGCCGAGAAUGGGCACGCGCACGUCAUCGAGAUACUGGCCGACAAGUUCAAGGCGAGCAUCUUCGAGCGCACCAAGGAUGGCAGCACGCUGAUGCACAUUGCGUCACUCAACGGUCAUGCUGAGUGCGCCACGAUGCUCUUCAAGAAGGGCGUCUACCUCCACAUGCCCAACAAGGAUGGAGCCCGGAGUAUUCACACCGCCGCCGCCUAUGGCCACACGGGCAUCAUCAACACGCUGCUGCAGAAGGGCGAAAAAGUGGACGUGACCACCAAUGAUAACUACACCGCACUGCACAUAGCCGUGGAGUCGGCCAAGCCCGCCGUCGUGGAAACCCUGCUGGGAUUCGGUGCAGAUGUCCAUGUCCGUGGAGGAAAGCUGCGUGAGACUCCGCUGCACAUUGCGGCGCGAGUGAAGGAUGGUGAUAGGUGUGCCCUCAUGCUGCUGAAGUCGGGAGCCAGUCCGAAUCUGACCACGGACGACUGUCUGACCCCCGUCCACGUGGCGGCCCGUCAUGGCAAUCUGGCCACGUUGAUGCAACUCCUCGAGGACGAAGGCGAUCCGCUGUACAAAUCAAAUACUGGAGAGACACCGCUGCACAUGGCCUGUCGAGCCUGCCAUCCGGACAUUGUGCGCCAUCUGAUCGAGACGGUGAAGGAGAAACACGGUCCGGAUAAGGCCACCACCUAUAUAAACUCGGUCAACGAGGACGGCGCCACGGCGUUGCAUUACACCUGCCAAAUCACCAAGGAGGAGGUCAAGAUUCCCGAAUCCGACAAGCAGAUCGUUCGCAUGCUCCUCGAAAACGGUGCGGAUGUUACGUUACAAACGAAAACUGCCCUGGAGACCGCCUUCCACUACUGCGCCGUCGCUGGCAACAACGAUGUGCUGAUGGAGAUGAUCUCCCACAUGAAUCCCACGGACAUCCAGAAGGCCAUGAACCGGCAAUCGUCGGUGGGCUGGACUCCGCUGCUGAUCGCCUGCCAUCGAGGGCACAUGGAGCUGGUCAAUAAUCUUCUGGCGAAUCACGCUCGAGUGGAUGUCUUCGAUACGGAGGGACGGUCUGCCUUGCAUUUGGCUGCGGAGCGAGGAUACUUGCAUGUGUGUGAUGCCCUGCUGACCAAUAAGGCUUUCAUUAACUCGAAGUCGCGCGUGGGACGCACUGCACUCCAUUUGGCAGCCAUGAAUGGGUUUACGCACCUGGUGAAGUUCCUGAUCAAGGAUCACAAUGCGGUUAUCGAUAUUCUAACGUUGAGAAAGCAAACGCCGCUCCAUUUGGCGGCAGCCAGCGGGCAGAUGGAGGUCUGCCAGCUGCUCCUCGAGCUGGGCGCCAAUAUCGAUGCGACGGACGAUCUGGGCCAGAAGCCCAUCCAUGUCGCCGCCCAGAACAACUACUCUGAAGUGGCCAAACUCUUCCUGCAGCAGCAUCCCUCCCUGGUGAAUGCCACCAGCAAGGAUGGCAACACCUGUGCCCACAUCGCCGCCAUGCAGGGAUCCGUCAAGGUGAUCGAGGAGCUGAUGAAGUUCGAUCGAUCCGGUGUGAUUUCGGCGCGGAAUAAACUCACAGAUGCCACGCCCCUUCAGCUGGCCGCAGAGGGCGGACAUGCGGAUGUGGUGAAGGCUCUGGUGCGAGCAGGUGCCUCCUGCACUGAGGAGAACAAGGCGGGCUUCACCGCCGUCCAUUUGGCGGCACAGAAUGGCCAUGGUCAGGUCUUGGAUGUGCUGAAGAGCACCAACUCCCUGAGGAUCAAUAGCAAAAAGUUGGGUCUGACGCCGCUCCAUGUGGCCGCCUACUAUGGACAGGCGGAUACCGUGCGGGAAUUGCUGACCAGUGUGCCCGCCACCGUCAAGUCGGAGACUCCAACGGGACAAAGCUUGUUCGGGGAUCUGGGCACGGAGUCGGGCAUGACGCCACUGCACUUGGCGGCCUUUUCCGGCAACGAGAACGUGGUGCGACUGCUCCUCAACUCCGCGGGUGUUCAAGUGGAUGCGGCGACCAUCGAGAACGGCUAUAAUCCACUCCAUUUGGCUUGCUUCGGUGGUCACAUGUCAGUGGUCGGUUUGCUCCUGAGUCGGUCGGCGGAACUCCUCCAAUCGCAGGAUCGUAACGGCAGGACGGGCCUGCAUAUCGCCGCCAUGCAUGGCCACAUCCAGAUGGUGGAGAUUCUGCUCGGCCAGGGCGCGGAGAUCAACGCAACCGAUCGGAACGGUUGGACGCCACUGCAUUGUGCUGCCAAAGCUGGCCACUUGGAGGUGGUGAAGUUGCUGUGCGAGGCGGGUGCCUCACCGAAAUCGGAGACCAACUACGGUUGCGCCGCCAUUUGGUUCGCCGCCUCCGAGGGACACAACGAGGUCCUGCGCUAUCUGAUGAACAAGGAGCACGACACCUACGGCCUGAUGGAGGACAAGCGAUUCGUCUACAACCUGAUGGUGGUGUCCAAGAACCACAACAACAAGCCCAUCCAGGAGUUUGUGCUCGUAUCACCAGCGCCCGUGGAUACGGCUGCCAAGCUGUCCAACAUCUACAUAGUACUCUCCACGAAGGAAAAAGAGCGCGCCAAGGAUCUGGUAGCUGCUGGCAAACAGUGCGAGGCCAUGGCCACGGAGCUCUUGGCCCUGGCAGCUGGCUCAGAUUCCGCCGGAAAGAUCCUGCAAGCCACCGAUAAGCGGAACGUGGAGUUUCUCGACGUCCUCAUCGAAAACGAGCAGAAGGAAGUGAUUGCCCACACGGUGGUGCAGCGCUACUUGCAAGAACUCUGGCACGGCUCCCUGACGUGGGCUUCCUGGAAGAUCCUUCUGCUGCUCGUCGCCUUCAUAGUGUGCCCACCAGUGUGGAUUGGAUUCACCUUCCCGAUGGGCCACAAGUUCAACAAGGUGCCCAUCAUCAAGUUCAUGUCGUACCUAACCUCUCACAUUUACCUCAUGAUCCACCUGAGCAUCGUGGGCAUAACGCCCAUUUAUCCGGUGCUCCGAUUGAGUCUGGUGCCCUACUGGUACGAGGUGGGUCUUUUGAUCUGGCUGAGUGGACUGCUCCUCUUCGAGCUGACGAAUCCGUCGGACAAGUCGGGACUGGGAUCGAUAAAGGUGCUGGUGCUGCUGCUCGGCAUGGCCGGUGUGGGUGUCCAUGUGUCGGCAUUUCUCUUCGUCUCCAAGGAGUACUGGCCAACUUUGGUAUAUUGCCGCAAUCAGUGCUUCGCGUUGGCCUUCCUGUUGGCCUGUGUGCAGAUUCUGGACUUCUUGUCCUUCCACCACCUCUUCGGACCCUGGGCCAUCAUCAUUGGGGAUCUGCUGAAGGAUCUGGCCCGGUUUUUGGCCGUCCUGGCCAUCUUUGUGUUUGGCUUUUCCAUGCACAUUGUGGCCCUCAAUCAGAGUUUUGCCAACUUUUCGCCGGAGGAUCUGCGCAGCUUCGAGAAGAAGAAUCGAAAUAGAGGCUAUUUCAGUGACGUGCGCAUGCAUCCGAUUAACUCGUUCGAGUUGUUGUUCUUCGCCGUGUUCGGACAAACGACGACCGAGCAAACGCAAGUUGACAAAAUCAAAAAUGUAGCCACGCCCACUCAACCGUAUUGGGUUGAGUACCUGUUCAAAAUUGUCUUUGGCAUUUACAUGUUGGUGUCGGUGGUUGUGCUCAUUAACCUGCUGAUUGCUAUGAUGUCAGACACCUAUCAACGCAUCCAGGCCCAAUCCGACAUCGAGUGGAAAUUCGGCUUGUCCAAGCUUAUACGCAAUAUGCAUCGCACCACAACAGCGCCAUCGCCGCUUAAUUUAGUUACCACCUGGUUUAUGUGGAUCGUCGAGAAGGUCAAGACACGCAUGAAGAAAAAGAAGCGUCCAAGUCUGGUACAGAUGAUGGGAAUACGUCAGGCCAGUCCGCGAACCAAAGCCGGCGCCAAGUGGCUGUCGAAGAUCAAGAAAGACUCGGUGGCCCUGUCGCAGGUCCAUCUGUCGCCCCUGGGAUCACAGGCCAGCUUCUCGCAGGCCAAUCAGAAUCGCAUCGAGAACGUGGCCGACUGGGAGGCGAUUGCCAAAAAGUACCGGGCACUGGUGGGCGACGAGGAGGGCGGAUCGCUCAAGGACUCGGACGCGGAGAGUGGAUCGCAGGAGGGCAGCGGAGCACCUCAGCCACCGGCACAGGUCUAAGCUUCAUCUAUCUCUUCAAACUAUCCUUCCUGACUAUCCCUAUCUCUUCUCGACUAUCCAAGCGCCUCUCCUUCUGUAACUCUAAGAUCUAACCCUAAGAAACUCUAUCCCUAAGCUGCACCUUGGGUAUGGUUUUCUCACACUCUGGUUAACUUAAGAGCACUUUCUUUUUGGUUUAGCUGGAGUUUGGGAAAACCAAGCCGAAAUCCCUAAGUUAAGCCUUCACUUUCUAAACUAAUUUUAGCUAGAAUAUUGAAAUUGUUUUGUGUAACCUUUGAUGCGUCAGCUGGUUGUUUAUUUUGAUAUGAUUUUCUGUCGGAGAUUUCUACGAUAAGCGAAACAACAACAAAAAAACAGUUUUCCAUGUUCGAGAUUUUUGAAGUAAGUAAGUUAAUUCGUCCUUUUUGGAGCCACUUUGCCUUACAAUUUUUGAAACCAACUCCUAGCAUUUUGUAUUAAGCUAAUGAUUGCGAUCAAUCAAUUGACCAUAUCGUUAAUAAUGAUUGUCUUAGAUGUUAAGUAAAUCUAUCUCUAGCUUCUUUCGAAGCUAAAGGCAACCGGUUUUAUAUAAAUAUCGCAUAAUCUCAUUGUUUUCCGGUAAUUGUCAGGUAGCUACAUCCACUCUACUUGCUAAGCUUUGAUUCAUUUUGAUAACAAAUGAGCGCCUAAAAAUUGUUAAUUGUACUUGAAUGUAAAUAAAUAAGUCAUAUUUUAAAUGAUUGCAUUAUUGCUUUCGCUUUUACUCAUUGCAUACUUUUCGGCGGCGUUGGCAUGUAGCGCCAUCUGUCGGGUUAAUAAAUAUAUGUUUUUCAUAAUUGCUUAAUUUAAUUCUUUUUGAAAAUUCGUUUAAAUUAAUUUUUUUUUAUUUAAUGUUAUUUAAGACGGAGUUUUAAAG